CACACUGGUACAUAAGUCAUAUUAACGAGACCCCUUCCUGUCUAUCGUCUAUGCCCAGCCGUCAUCAUGACAAAAUCUUCCCUUUCCUUCCCUCCCCACCCCAAUCCCCCCGAGAUUGACCCGUUUCACUGGAGCCCCGCAGUGCAAACAGAAAGGAGCACAGCAUAGACGCUAUUUAUUUAUACCCUCCCCCGGUAGAGAGUGGGGGCAGUGCAAUGGAGCAGCUUCCAAACUGGAUCCCUGUCACCUGUUCACCUUGCUCACGAGUAGCGUCGACACACGCACGCCCUCACACACACACGUUUUCGAAAAUGGUCAGUUGUGGUUUUGGCAUAUUGGGCCUAUAGAUGCAAUAUUUGUAAAACAGAGAUAGGCUACUUUGUAAAUGGACACUAUUCCAUUCCAGCCUACUUUCAGAAUGUUGUGGGCUAUUACUAGUUUGAAACUCGCUGACAUAUCAAGCAGAAAAGGUCCUCUUCAUAAUCGGAGCAUUGUCAUAACCACCCCAUAGUAUAAUAAUAAUGAUUAUUAUGAUGAACGAGUGUGACUUUUAAGACCAAGUUUAGCGCUUCUCGGCUGCUAUGUAACCCGAGCCGCGGGUAGCGACAGCUGGGGGAGCGAGGCGAGGGGCAGCGGGAUAAGAGAGACGACGAGCCAUUCGGAAAUAACCUCUCGCUUUCUCUUUCUUUCAAUUUGUACUUCACUCAAAUCUGGAACUGUGCGUAAAGAGCAAUGAACUUUGCGAUGGCAACGCAAUCCUUUUGGACGUGUUUGAUUGCAACUGUAGGCCUACUCUGGGGUGUGACAGUACCAGUGAGUUGUAAUGAGGAGUCUAAGCUGAUCGGGGACCUGUUCAGAGGCUACAACAAGAACAUCCGUCCAGCAGCGCACCCCACUGACAAGGUGGCGGUGCAGGUCAAGCUGAUUCUCACCAACCUCAUCUCCCUGAACGAAAAGGAAGAGACUCUCACGACUAAUGUCUGGAUUGAGAUUCAAUGGAACGAUAUUCGCCUGGCCUGGAACACCUCUGAGUAUUUUGGCAUCGAGGUUAUCCGUGUGCCUUAUAACACAGUGUGGCUCCCUGACAUUGUCCUUGAGAACAACAUUGAUGGCAAGUUUGAUGUGGCCUACUAUGCCAAUGUGUUAAUCUACUCCAGUGGCUAUAUGUACUGGCUGCCUCCAGCUAUCUACCGCAGUACAUGUGCCAUAGAGAUCACCUACUUCCCCUUUGACUACCAGAACUGCACUUUAGUCUUUAGGUCCCAGACAUACAGUGCAAAUGAGUUGGAAAUCAUACUGGCUGUUGACGCGGAGACUGAACAGCCCAUUGAGUGGGUGGACAUUGAUCCUGAGGCCUUCACUGAGAACGGUGAGUGGGCCAUAAAGCACCGGCCAGCCAGGAAGCUGAUCAACUCACGCUACACUCCUGAUGACCUGGAGUACCAGGAAAUCUCCUUCAACCUGGUUAUCCAGAGGAAACCUCUGUUCUACAUCAUCAACAUCAUUCUGCCCUGCUCACUUAUCUCCUCCCUGGUCGUCCUGGCCUACUUCCUACCUGCACAGGCUGGGGGACAGAAGUUAACUGUGUCCAUCUCUGUCCUGCUGGCUCAGACUGUCUUCCUCUUUCUUAUUGCUCAGAAGGUCCCUGAGACAUCUCUCAAUGUCCCUCUCAUUGGCAAGUACCUGAUCUUUGUCAUGUCUGUGACAACGCUUAUCGCCACCAACCAAAUCGUGGUGCUCAACAUCUCCCUCCGCAGUCCCAAUACUCACACCAUGUCCCCCACUAUCAAACACGUCUUCCUGGAGCUUGUCCCUCGAUUCCUGGGCAUGGACCCUCUGGUGGAUGAUGGAGAGGCAGAGGCGGAGGUGAAUGGAGUGAGGGAGCGACGGCGUAGCUCGUUCGGCCUGAUGCAGAGAGCGGAGGAGUAUGUGCUAAAACAACCACGCAGCGAGAUGAUGUUUGACAAACAGAGAGAGAGGCAUGGCCUCACACGAUCAUUUGUGGAUGGUAUUGAUGUGAGCACCACAGCCAGCCUGUACAAGAGCCUCGCCCAAGCUGCUCCUGAGAUCAAGGAAUGUGUGGACGCUUGUAACUUUAUCACUGAGAGCACAAAGCAAGCAAAUGACAUUGGAUCAGAAAUGGAGAGCUGGGUAUUGAUCGGGAAGAUGAUUGACAAGGUUUGUUUCUGGGUGGCCAUGGCCCUCUUCUCCAUCGGAACGGUCGCCAUCUUCCUCACGGGACAUUUCAACUCCGUCCCAGAUUUUCCAUUCCCUGGGGAAAACAAACGAUACCUCCCCAGUUAGGGGGGCAAGGCAAGGCCCUCCCCCUCUCUUAACCUGGUCACAGGUUACAGGACACAUCAUCAUCGUCUUCAUAUCAUUGAGAGCUAAGAUGUCUUGCUCAUUUAUUCACUUACUUAUUACUCUUACUUAUCUUAUUUAUUAGUUUUUUUAGCAGUAGAUGACUGAAAAUGGUAUCGUCUUGAUAUCACGUCAUCCUUUUUGAUAAAUAUUUCAUCCUGUG